AUGACGGCGGAGGGGGGAGGAGGAGUUUCCCGCCAGCUGCUGCUUACCAGGUUUCCCGCGAAAGUUGAAAGCGAGGAUUGCCGGGAGAGCAAAAAAUUAGAAUACAGAGAGAUCACAGGGGCUCCCGGGGGUCGCUGCGGUGCUCGGAGGUCACAGGGGCUCCCGGGGGUCGCUGCGGUGCUCGGAGGUCACAGGGGCUCCCGGGGGUCGCUGCGGUGCUCGGAGGUCACAGGAGCCCCCGGGGGUCGCUGUGGUGCUCAGAGGUCACAGGGGCUCCCGGGGGUCGCUGCGGUGCUCGGAGGUCACAGAAGCCCCCGGGGGUCGCUGUGGUGCUCGGAGGUCACAGGGGCUCCCGGGGGUCGCUGCGGUGCUCGGAGGUCACAGGGGCUCCCGGGGGUCGCUGUGGUGCUCGGAGGUCACAGGGGCUCCCGGGGGUUGCUGCGGUGCUCGGAGGUCACAGGGGCUCCCGGGGGUCGCUGCAGUGCUCGGAGGUCACAGGCUCCCGGGGGUCGCUGCGGUUCCUCGGAGGUCACGGGCUCCCGGGGGUCGCUGCGGUUCCUCGGAGGUCACGGGCUCCCGGGGGUCGCUGCGGUUCCUCGGAGGUCACGGGCUCCCGGGGGUCGCUGCGGUUCCUCGGAGGUCACAGGGGCUCCCGGGGGUCGCUGCGGUUCCUCGGAGGUCACAGGGGCUCCCGGGGGUCGCUGCGGUUCCUCGGAGGUCACAGGGGCUCCCGGGGUUCGCUGCGGUUCCUCGGAGGUCACAGGGGCUCCCGGGGGUCGCUGCGGUGCUCGGAGGUCACAGGAGCUCCCGGGGGUCCCUGUGGUCACAGGGGCUCCUGGGGGUCGCUGCGGUGCUCGGAGGUCACAGGAGCCCCGGGGGUCGCUGCGGUGCUCGGAGGUCACAGGGGCUCCCGGGGGUCGCUGCGGUGCUCGGAGGUCACAGGGGCUCCCGGGGGUCGCUGCGGUGCUCGGAGGUCACAGGGGCUCCCGGGGGUCGCUGCGGUGCUCGGAGGUCACAGGGGCUCCCGGGGGUCGCUGCGGUGCUCGGAGGUCACAGGGGCUCCCGGGGGUCGCUGCGGUGCUCGGAGGUCACAGGGGCACCCGGGGGUCGCUGCGGUGCUCGGAGGUCACAGGGGCUCCCGGGGGUCGCUGCGGUGCUCGGGGGUCACAGGAGCCCCCGGGGGUCGCUGAGGUGCUCGGAGGUCACAGGAGCCCCGGGGGUCGCUGCCGUGCUUGGAGGUCACAGGAGCUCCCGGGGGUCGCUGCGGUGCUUGGAGGUCACAGGGGCCCCCGGGGGUCGCUGCGGUGCUCGGAGGUCACAGGGGCCCCCGGGGGCCGCUGCGGUUCCUCGGAGGUCACAGGAGCUCCCGGGGGCCGCUGCGGUUCCUCGGAGGUCACAGGGGGUCGCUGCGGUUCCUCGGAGGUCACAGCGGCUCCCGGGGGUCGCUGCGGUUCCUCGGAGGUCACAGCGGCUCCCGGGGGUCGCUGCGGUUCCUCGGAGGUCACAGGGGCUCCCGGGGGUCGCUGCGGUUCCUCGGAGGUCACAGGAGCUCCCGGGGGUCGCUGCGGUUCCUCGGAGGUCACAGGAGCUCCCGGGGGUCGCUGCGGUUCCUCGGAGGUCACAGAAGCUCCCGGGGGUCGCUGCGGUUCCUCGGAGGUCACAGGGGCUCCCGGGGGUCGCUGCGGUUCCUCGGAGGUCACAGGAGCUCCCGGGGGUCGCUGCGGUUCCUCGGAGGUCACAGAAGCUCCCGGGGGUCGCUGCGGUUCCUCGGAGGUCACAGGGGCUCCCGGGGGUCGCUGCGGUGCUCGGAGGUCACAGGGGCUCCCGGGGGUCGAUGCGGUUCCUCGGAGGUCACAGGGGCUCCCGGGGGUCGCUGCGGUGCUCGGAGGUCACAGGGGCUCCCGGGGGUCGCUGCGGUGCUCGGAGGUCACAGGAGACCUGGGGGUCGCUGCGGUGCCCGGAGGUCACAGGGGCUCCUGGGGGUCGCUGCGGUGCUCGGAGGUCACAGGGCCUCCCGGGGGUCGCUGCGGUGCCCGGAGGUCACAGGGGCUCCCGGGGGUCGCUGCGGUGCCCGGAGGUCACAGGAGCCCCCGGGGGUCGCUGCGGUGCCCAGAGGUCACAGGGGCUCCUGGGGGUCGCUGCGGUGCUCGGAGGUCACAGGGGCUCCUGGGGGUCGCUGCGGUGCUCGGAGGUCACAGGGGCUCCCGGGGUCGCUGCGGUGCUCGGAGGUCACAGAAGCUCCCGGGGGUCGCUGCGGUUCCUCGGAGGUCACAGGGGCUCCCGGGGGUCGCUGCGGUGCUCGGAGGUCACAGGGGCUCCCGGGGGUCGAUGCGGUUCCUCGGAGGUCACAGGGGCUCCCGGGGGUCGCUGCGGUGCUCGGAGGUCACAGGGGCUCCUGGGGGUCGCUGCGGUGCUCGGAGGUCACAGGAGACCUGGGGGUCGCUGCGGUGCCCGGAGGUCACAGGGGCUCCCGGGGGUCGCUGCGGUGCCCGGAGGUCACAGGGGCUCCUGGGGGUCGCUGCGGUGCUCGGAGGUCACAGGGGCUCCCGGGGGUCGCUGCGGUGCCCGGAGGUCACAGGGGCUCCCGGGGGUCGCUGCGGUUCCUCGGAGGUCACAGGAGCUCCCGGGGGUCGCUGCGGUUCCUCGGAGGUCACAGAAGCUCCCGGGGGUCGCUGCGGUUCCUCGGAGGUCACAGGGGCUCCCGGGGGUCGCUGCGGUGCUCGGAGGUCACAGGGGCUCCCGGGGGUCGAUGCGGUUCCUCGGAGGUCACAGGGGCUCCCGGGGGUCGCUGCGGUGCUCGGAGGUCACAGGGGCUCCCGGGGGUCGCUGCGGUGCUCGGAGGUCACAGGGGCUCCCGGGGGUCGCUGCGGUGCUCGGAGGUCACAGGAGACCUGGGGGUCACUGCGGUGCCCGGAGGUCACAGGGGCUCCUGGGGGUCGCUGCGGUGCCCGGAGGUCACAGGGGCUCCCGGGGGUCGCUGCGGUGCCCGGAGGUCACAGGGGCUCCCGGGGGUCGCUGCGGUGCCCGGAGGUCACAGGAGCCCCCGGGGGUCGCUGCGGUGCCCGGAGGUCACAGGGGCUCCUGGGGGUCGCUGCGGUGCCCGGAGGUCACAGGGGCUCCUGGGGGUCGCUGCGGUGCCCGGAGGUCACAGGGGCUCCCGGGGGUCGCUGCGGUGCCCGGAGGUCACAGGGGCUCCCGGGGGUCGCUGCGGUGCCCGGAGGUCACAGGAGCCCCCGGGGGUCGCUGCGGUGCCCGGAGGUCACAGGGGCUCCUGGGGGUCGCUGCGGUGCUCGGAGGUCAAAGGGGCCCCCGGGGGUCCCUGUGGUGGGUCACAGGAGGAGCACUAAGACAAUAUAG